AUGAAAAAACGUAAAAUCGAACUUUCUUCGGAGAGUCAUUUAUCAUCCAUGAUUCACUUGGUAAAAGUUGAAUUAGAGAAACAAAAUUUUGCAGCUGUUAUAGAUACAUUGGAACAGCAAUUUGGGUGUGAUUGUCCCAAAAACAUUGUUGAUGACACCAUUAAAGAAAUUUUAUUUCCGAUUUAUUCGUUCUAUGUGAGAAGGAUUCUUUUACCUCAGAAUCAACAUGAACUAGCCUUGAGAGUUAUGAAACGAGCAUUAAGAUAUUGUCGCUCUUUGGAUUUCUUGUGGGAAUUAACCAAUGUUGUGGACGAAGGGGAUGAAGCACAUUUAUUGAAAAUGGAGGAAAAUUUAAAAGACCUAAUCACAAAGACAUGUGAUCUUAUUGAGCAACGGUACAACGGCCAACCCAAUUCAAAUUGCAAUUCGAAUGAUGUCUUGUCUGCAUCUUCGCCUGAAUCAACGUUUACGAGUUGGGAGUAUGCUCUAUUUAGAAGUGAAUGGUUGGAGUUCAAAGACGACAAGCCCUCGUUUUACCCUUCCUCAUGUCAUCAUCUACUGGACCCAAUCCGAGGUUUCUCGAUUUCUAUUUCUAUGCCUUCCAAAAAUCCCAUCCAAAAGAAUUGA